AUGGAAAUGUCCCUCUACCACGACGCAGUCUCCAUCCUCUCCGCCCCCGCCACAGGCGGCUCCUUCAAAUCCCGCAUCUACAGCUCGCGCUCGCUGCGCGCCAACCCGGCCCAGGUGUACGCGCUGAUCGUCGAGGCCGCGAAAUGGGACACCCUCCUCAAGGAGGUUAUCGACAAUGCGGGGAUUCUCAAGCUUGAACCUAAGCUUACGCCCCUUCUCGCCCUCCUCCUCGUGCACGACUACCUCCUCGCGAAAAACGGCAUCGCCGCGCCGUCGUCGCAUCCGCUGCGCGCGGCGGUCGAGCGGCAUAAGACUCGGCUGAAGGGGGAGUUUGUCAAGGCGCGCGUGCGGCGCGGAUGUGCGUCGCUGGCGGAGUUGAGGGCUGCCGUGCGGCGGGAGAAGGUCGCGCUGGCUCCGCGGCGGAGCGUGUAUCCGCGGUGGGUGCGGGUGAAUAAUGUGCGGUCGUCGCUGGGGGCGCAGUUGGAGAGUACGUUCCGGGGGUAUACGCCGGUGGAUGGACUCGCGGCGCUGGAGGAUGACGACGCAGAGAAUGACGGUGAUGAGAAGAAGCUCGUGCUAGACCCCCACAUCCCGGAUCUGCUGGCGUUUCCGCCCACCGUCGAAAUGACCGCCCUCCCGGCGUACCACCGCGGCGAGAUCAUCCUGCAGGACACGGCGCCGUGUUUUCCGGCGUAUGGGCCGCUGGUGGAUGGGGAGUGGCUGGGCGAUCUGCUGGACGGUUGUGCGGCGCCGGGGAAUAAGUCAACACAUCUGGUGUUGCUGCUUGGGAAGCAAUCCGCGCAGAAGCAGGAGAAAAGUGAGAGGGAAAGGCCUCGGAUCAUCUCGAUGGACGCAUCCCCCGUCCGGGCAAAAACCCUGCAGAAGAUGGUCGCUACCGCCGGCGCCGACAGCCUCGUCACCGUCCUCCCGGGCCAGGACUUUCUGGCGCUCGACCCUGCCGACGAGCGGUUCCAAGCGGUGUCGGGACUCCUGCUAGACCCCAGCUGUUCCGGCAGCGGGAUCAUCGGGCGCGACGACGUGCCGAGUCUGGUACUGCCCGCGGACGGCAAGCCGGCGCCGACGAAGAAGCCGCUGCGCGGGAAGAAGCGCAAGCAGCGGCAUGGUGAGGAGGAGACGGUCGACCCGCCGGCAGUGCAGGAUGUGAGCCAGGCGGAGAACGAGCUCGCGAGCUCGCAUCUGGACCCGGAGCGUCUGACCAAGCUGUCGAACCUGCAGACGCGCAUUGUCGAGCACGCGCUUGGCUUCCCGGCCGCGACCCGCGUCACGUACAGCACGUGCUCGAUCCAUCUAAUCGAGAAUGAGGCCGUUGUGGAGCGCGUGCUGGCGUCCGAGGUUGCGCGACGGCGUGGCUGGCGGGUCAUGCGUCGCGAGGAGCAGCCCGAGGGCCUGCGGAAGUGGAAGCAUCGCGGGGUGCGCAGUGAGGGCGAGCUUACGGUGGACUUGUCGGAUGAGCAGCUCGACGGGUGUCUGCGGUGUUGGCCGGGGGAUGACGAGGGGACGGGGGGGUUCUUUGUCGCGGGGUUUGUUCGGGAUGGUCAGGAAGACGAGGGCGUGGACGAAAGCGUGGAAGAUGAAUGGGAAGGCUUCUCGGAUUAG